UCGGUCAAGGUCGUUUUUCUGGCUGAGGCUGGUUCACAGUCUGGUGUGUGUAGACGAUGGCCGAGGCGGAAAAGUCUUCCUGGCCAAACAACCGAGAUGCUUACGAGCUGAAAGACGUCAUAGGUGCGGGAGCUACAGCUGUUGUACAGGCAGCGGUAUGUAAACCGAGAAAUGAGAAAGUUGCCAUUAAAAGAAUAAAUCUGGAAAAAUGCAACACUACAGUAGAGGAGCUCUUGAAAGAGAUCCAGGCUAUGAGUCAGUGUAAACAUGAGAACGUGGUGGGCUAUUACACAUCAUUCGUGGUUAAGGAGGAGCUCUGGGUGGUUAUGAAGCUUUGUGGAGGAGGUUCAAUGCUUGAUAUCAUUAAAAGCAGAAUGAAAGCGGGGAUCUGUAAGAAUGGGGUAAUGGACGAGGCGUCUAUUGCUACGGUCCUAAAAGAGGUGUUAAAAGGUCUGGAAUACUUCCACAACAACGGACAGAUACACAGAGACAUCAAGGCAGGGAAUGUUCUCCUGGGAGACGAUGGGGCUGUGUAUAUAGCAGAUUUUGGUGUUAGUGCAUGGCUGGCCACUGGUAAAGACAUCACCAGGGACAGUGUCCGACACACCUUUGUGGGAACCCCAUGUUGGAUGGCACCAGAGGUCAUGGAACAGGUGACAGGAUAUGACUUUAAGGCCGACAUCUGGAGUUUGGGAAUAACAGCCAUUGAACUGGCCACUGGUACUGCUCCGUACCAUAAAUAUCCACCAAUGAAAGUCCUGAUGUUGACCCUACAAAAUGAACCCCCGAAUCUGGACACCAGCGCAGAAGACAAAGAACAGUACAAGGGCUACUCCAAAAUAUUCCGUAAAAUGAUAGCCGAGUGUCUGCGAAAGGAACCAGAAAAGAGGCCAACUGCAAAGCAGCUUCUGAAACAUGAAUUCUUUAAGAAAGCCAAGGACAAGCAGUACCUGGUUAAGUCUCUGUUGUCGGAUGGUGUGGCGGUCAAACCCCAGAAGGUGAAGCGGGUCCCCGGGUCCAGCGGUAAACUUCACAAAAAUGAGGAGGGGGAGUGGGAGUGGUCCGACGACGAGAUGGACCCAGAGGACCAGACACAGGACACCCUAGUCGGCACCCCCACACAAGAGGCAAGGGAACCAGUAGAGAACGCAGAUACCUCAGAAACCGAGCAAGCAGCCACCAGUACAAGUAGUACAGUCACUGUCAUAGAAAAGACUGACGAUACCGUCACCCCGGCAACAGAUAAUACGCCAACCGAAGCUUCGCUGGUCAACAAAUCGGCAGAUUCGACUCCGUCAGCAUCAGCAACUCAGGUUUUGCAGGCUGAGGUUUCACAGGUACCCCUUAACCUAGUCCUGAGACUCAGAAAUGAAAAGAGAGAAUUAAAUGAUAUCAAAUUUGAAUUCACCAUUGGGCAAGACACAGCAGACAGUGUCUCACGAGAAAUGGUAGAGGCGGGAUUAGUCAACGGAAAAGACAUGAUAGUCGUUGCUGCCAAUCUACAGAAACUCCAAGACUGCCCAGACCUCAAAAAUGUAACCUUUGCUUUAAAUUCGGGCUGUAGUCCUAACGAGGCACCUUGUGACAAGACUUUGAUCGGAUUCGCACAAUUAUCAAUUAACGAUGGAUCUGUCGCACCCUUGCAAUAAUCCUGAUCAGCCAGAAGCUUCUGUGAUACUAGAUAAUCAUGCACAGUGCCAAGAAUGGAAAAGACUAAG